AUGGCCAAACUGCAAGCUGGAGAUGUCCAGGCAAGGAUGUCUCUUCCAAGCAUCUGCCACUACGUUCAGCGCUACUCAGGCGGACCAGAAUUUCCAUUGAUAAAAUUCCUGUCCAAUUUCUCUUCCCAAUGGGGCACAGCGUUGUUGUUGGGUGAAGAAUUCUGCCAUCAGCUGGCCCACCAGCAUUUCAUGAGUCCCACGAAUGUUUUCCCAUACAUUCGGGCUGCGUGUUGGGCAACCCAACUCACGACCAACAAGCACGCAGACGGGGUUUCCAAGCUCCUCAGCAAAGCAGACCUGCAGAGGACGGCGUCUCCUGCCCUUGCCCCAGAGGUGACCAAGGCUGAGUCCAUUCUAGCCGAUUGUUGGAAGGUUGUCCAAGCUUCCAUGCAGAGCAAAGCCAAUGCAGCAAAGCAUUCGACGCAUCUGCACCGUUGCUUUGGCAAGCUUUGUGUCAGGGCCAUUUUGUACCUGACACGAAAGCAGAAGUAUUCCAGAGAGAAAGCCAACGGGUCCAAUUUGGAAGACAUCUUGCAAGCUUUCACCCAGGAGGUCCAAGGGCUUCCUAGCCAGGACCAGGCUGCUGAUGCUGCAACCAAUUCCAGCUCCAACCAAGAAGUGGUGGCAGAUCUUUCUGCAGCCAGCGCAGCCACAGUGGCCAUGAUGCAGAACUCGCACACGUACACCAUGCCCAAAGAGCAUGGCCAGAAGGUUUUCGAAUUCCAAAAACUCGAGGACGCAGGAGCCAUUAUGGUGCAUCGCCCAGUUUUGGCGCCAGAGGAAGAGGUCCAUGUUCCACUGGCGGACUUGAGGAAAUGGCGGCUGACCAAAACAGGCAUGCCGCAGCUUGCCAGUUUGGAAGUGAUCCAGCGUGGCCGGCCCCAAUUUAACGCCAUCUGCCAAGAGGGUUUGCAGAGGGUCCAGAUCGCCGCUGCCCUCCACGCUGCCCAUGAGCAGCAUGCAUUGGAUCCAGAGGACAUUGCUUUCUCACGCCAGCCCCAAGGCCUGCACACGUUGAAGGCUGUCAAAAAGGCCGCGUUGCAUUUGGUUCCACUGGGAUCCAUUGCCAAGCUGAAAGGCCCAGGCGAGACCAGCAAGAAGCUCACCAUCAACCACUUCGGCCACAAGUGGACCAUCAAUGCAUUCAAGCAAGAUUCCAUGCUCCAAGGGACAGCAGAUGCUGGGUGCCUGACACCCUUCUUUUGGUGCAAAGCAGCCACGGCACCAGACAGUGACAACAUGGUAUGGGCCCACAACAAAGUGAAUGGCACCCAAAUCCCCAUCCUGCAGAAUGCCAGCGCGUUGCCAGCAAAAACAUUGCUGCGCUAUCCAAAAGAAGAGAAGGACAUGGGCCAGGCAAUUGCCAAAGGCAAGUGCCAGACCAAGACAGAAGCAAGCCUGGCCAAGAAGAAGGCCAAGACCGCUUGA